AAGUCGAGUGGCAGCUGGGGACCACGAUCGAGAUACCGAGUUCCAGAAAAGCCGUCAGGCUAUUGGGACGUCUGGUGGGAGCGCGUGAUUGCUCGUUCCGCACGGAUUUCCCGAAACACCCCCAAAACGGCAACCCGUCGUCGUCGUGGUGCUGCCGGGGCCCCGCCGCUAGCCGCGAGAGAUCGCGAGAAGGGAGCUUGGCAGGAUCGGCCGGCCGAUCGCCCAGAGGAUCGGCCUCCUCGUGCACGACCGGCUCCACCAGCACCACCUACGCCGCUUACUGGCGGCCCAGUGAAAUGGAGGAGAAAUCCUCGGCUCGGUUCUCCGACUAUCUGUUCGCCAAGAUGGACGGCCAGGACGUGUCGGCCUCUCAGGGUCCCCGUAAGGUGACCGCCGACACCAGGAAGUUCAUCAGGGAGAAUCUUCUCCUCGUGGUCACCUUAUCCGGCGUGAUGUUUGGCGUGUUACUUGGGUUCGGUCUGCGACCCCUGAACCUCGGCGAUGACGCAGUUAUGUUAAUCAGUUAUCCUGGAGAACUGUUCAUGAGGUUGUUGAAGCUAAUGAUCUUGCCACUGGUGAUCGCCAGCCUUAUAUCUGGCUCUGCCAGUUUGAACGCAAGAAUGAACGGUAUGAUCGCUGUUCGAACUUUGGUAUACUUUAUACUCACGUCAUUGCUGAAUGCUGUCCUUGGCGUUGUCCUGGUUCUACUUAUUCACCCGGGUAAUCCGGGAAUUCGAAAAUCGAUGACUACUUCGCACAGCGGAAGGGCCGUCAACAUCUUGGACAGCCUGCUCGAUUUGGGAAGGAACAUGUUCCCGGACAAUAUUUUCCAGGCAGCCUUUCAGCAGGCGCACACGGUAUACGUUCCAAAGACUCAGCCUUUUCGAAAUCUCAGCGAUUCCAUGUCCAAUGAUGUCAUGGGAGAAGUGGAGCUGAUGAGAGUAACUCAAUACAGAAGCGGUACGAACACCCUGGGCAUAGUUUUCUUCUGUCUGGUGUUUGGCACGUUCUUGGGAACGCUUGGGGAAAAAGGCCAGAUCGUGAUCGACUUCUUCAAAGCUGUAUUCGAAGUCAUCAUGCGAAUGGUGUCGACUGUGAUGUGGAUGACACCGGUUGGCAUCACCUCGGUAAUAGCCGGGAAAAUACUCGGCGUGACCGAUUUGGCUUUGGUGAUGUCGCAGCUCGCUUGGUUCAUCGUCACGAUCGUGAUCGGUGUAUUUUUCUAUCAGCUGGUGAUCAUGCAGCUGAUCUAUCUGGCCUUCGUGAGAAAGAACCCCUUUAAAUUCUACGCCGGCCUCGCCCAGGGUACACUGACCGCCUUCGCCAUGGCAUCAACGGCUGCCGCGCUUCCGGUCACGUUCCGCCUGAUGACGGACAAGCUCAGGAUCGAUCCUCGAGUGACCAGAUUCGUUCUACCGAUCGGCUGCAACAUUAACAUGGACGGGACGGCGCUGUUCGUCGCCGUAGCCAGUAUAUUCAUCGCUCAGAUGCACGGUAUCGUAUUGGGCUUUGGUGAAAUUAUAACGGUCAUUUUAACCUCGACCGCGGCGUCCGUCUCAUCGGCGUCAGUUCCGAGCGCAGCCCUUGUUCUUCUGCUUGUCGUGUUAAGCGCCAUCGACGCUCCAGUUUAUAACGUUUCUCUCUUGUUCACCAUCGACUGGUUCGUGGAUCGUAUACGUACCACCAACAACAUGCUGGGAGAUUGUUACGCAGCUGCCGUGGUUGAACAGUUGUCGAAAAAGGAACUGAUGGCAUUGGACGCAGCAGCCUACCAGUCAGAGACCGUUCUACCAACCACUAUCGCGAAUGGAUGCAUUUCCGCGAAUAGGGUACCCGAUCCUGACACCAUCGUCGUCGAAAUGCAAGACGACACGAGGAUAGCCGGCGUCGCCAACAUCAGCGUGUUGCAGAUACCUAGGAGCGUGACCGAAGAGACGGUUUGACUAGCGGUUCAUCCCGAUCUUUAGUUUAGUUGCGAACACCAUCGACUACAAUACGUUCAACGGGGAUCAAUGAUACAUCGUGUCGCGUGAUCGCAUCGCGCCUCAUUUUAUCGUCUUGCGGCAAACUUUACGCGUUUCCAGACGAAUAACGAGGUCAACAAACGUAUCAAAACGUGAAGUCAAUAUCAAAGGGGGUGCAAUUAUCGUGUUUCAGUGCUAUUUACCCUUUCGCUGCGGGAAGCAAACGUUAUUUCACUGAUCGUUCGUUGUCAAUAGAGAAGAUUAAUACUAAAUUUUAGUUCAGCUUAACGAGGGCGCACAGCGAAAGGGUUGAAACGUAGCAAUAACGAGACCGUUUUUGAGCUUUUGUAGCGGCUUGUUCGAGCAACCAACGAUCGCACUCCGUAAUACCAAUGAUCGCGUGAAACAGCGUCGAACGUGGUGCCUUAUUUUAUUGCGGCUGUUUUCUAAACGGCCGCUCUGAAAGUAGAAGAAAAGCCCCUUUAAUUUGUCGAGUGUAAAACAACGUUCGCUCAUUGCCCAGCUUGAGAGAAAAAAGAAAAAAAUAUAUCACGUUUGACGACCGAUCGUUUGUACUGCCACGAUUAUAUUUUCUACGAUUGACAACUUGACCGUGUAAUCAAUCUCGCGAGACGUUUCAGAACCGUUUUCAUCUGUUUUCAUUGAAAUUCUAAUCAUGGCAAUGGGCGAAACGUUGUACGGCACCACGAUCACUUUUGCGGCGUACGUCCCAUACCUAACAUCGAAUCUCGAGUGUUAGCAAUCACACGGAUGAUUACCAAAGAAGAAGAAAAAAAAAAAAAAAGAAAAAAAGAAACACAGUGUUAAGCAAAAGAUUGUAUGCCACACUUUGCGUUAUAAUAGGGACACGUAGAUUUUAGGAACGUUGUGAUAUCAAUUGAAACCUGUAAAGUUGUCGUUCAACACUACCAGAUCGUAGACCGAGAAUAUGGAAACAAUACCUAUAUAUUAUAUAUAUGUAGCUUCCUUUAGUCUCUUUUUCGUACGGAAUUUCAACUUUUUGGACCAUCGACGAACGUAAAUCGGUGCACAGAAUCUCUUUGAAAGAAGGAAAUUUCUCGUCGUCCGAUGCGACACUUUGACGAGGAUAGUGUAUUUGCAGCUCUGUGCACUUCUUGACUAGCCUUGAUCCAUACGUGGGGUUCGUUUAUAACCCGAAUACACGGUUCUCGAUUUCGUAACAAAGAUCCGAUGAUCACGAACGAGAUAAAGAAAAAAUAUAUCUAGCGCUCGUCAACGAGCUGUCUCAAGACUGGACAUGCCAUUUGAAUUACUAACUGUAAACGUUAUAGAAGAAUUUUCAAGAGAAUCUACUAAUUUUAGACCUUAGGAACGUAGGUCGAUACGUGUUCUCUCGUAGAGACUGUUUAAAUGUACAAAUUAACUGGAUAAAAUAGUGCUUCGUAGAUACAGUUAUUUGUUCCUUGUCCGUACGAGGAACACGCGCUACUUUCGUUACGAAAAGCAUUUUCGAUCAAUCGAGUUCUCGCAUCCUCAUCGCUGUUUUCGUUUAAUAAUCUUGCUUCUUACAACCAUCGACACAUUUCACAUUUUACGUUCGAAUAGCAAACAAGAUGGCGCUUUUUCGGUUUUCUAGCAUAGCGGUGGUGAAGGGAGUAUAGAGAAAGAAUUUAUCAAAAUACAUCAAAGACUACGUGUGAA